AUGGAUCAGUCCCGAAUCAGUUCAGCAAGGGCAUCAGUGUCGAGUGUGGAAGAAAAGCUCUCCACGGCAUCAAGCGGCGACUCGACUGGGUCAUUACCACCCUCAGAGGCAGAACGUCUCUCCAGCCUUCGAGCGGAAAAGGCACUGGCUAUCCGCCGCGCGUGCACCUCGCGCAAUCUAGAUGCCCUCGUCGUGCAUGCGACCUCGGAAGGUGGACUACUUCAUGAUGAACUGCGGCAAAUAGCCUGGCCUCUCCUUUUACAAUGUGGCGACAAUACACGACAUGAUGACCUUAAGCCCCUGGAUGAACUGCCCCGGCAUGUAGACGAGGACCAGGUCCAGCUUGAUGUUGACCGGUCCUUUGUCUACUACCCAAGCGCUCCGGAAGAUGAGAUAUCAACGAAGAAAGAGCAAUUAUCGGCCCUGAUCAGACAAGUCAUCAGGAACUACCCGAUGCUUUGUUAUUUUCAGGGCUACCAUGACAUCGUCCAGGUCCUACUGCUCGUCCUCGGCACGCAAAAGGCCGCCUCGGCCAUGGCACAGAUAUCCCUCUUUCGCAUCAGAGACUACAUGCUCCCCUCGCUCUCACCAGCGAUAAAGCAUCUGCAGUUAAUACCUGCAAUCAUCGAGACGGCCGAUCCGAAGCUACGGCAACACCUAGCCAGCAUCCAACCCUUUUUCGCUCUCGCAGCCACCUUGACCCUAUACGCCCACGACAUCCAGGAAUACAGCGAUAUAGCCCGGUUGUUUGAUUUUAUUCUGGCCAAGGAACCAGUGGUCACCAUCUACCUAUUUGCAGCCAUUAUUCUCUCGCGCAAGAAAGAACUGUUGGAGAUACCCACCGAAGAGCCGGAAAUGCUGCACUUCACUCUCUCCAAGCUCCCUUCUCUUCCAGGACCACCCCCCGAAUCACUACCCUUCGGUGCCUGGAAGCAGAUCCCUCGGUGCAGUGUGCUCAAGACGUCUCGCGAUCCAUUUCAGACCUGUACGGUCGACGAAGCUGUGCAACUAUUCCACCAGCAGGCGCGGCAGAUCCGUCGCGAGGAGUGGAGGAAACAGGCACUGGAGUUUACGUGGAAUCAUCGGCGGUCGAUUGGAUCGGUGGCUCUGGCUGUUGUGGUCGGGGCGGCAUCAAUCUAUAUCCGUAAGAAAGGCCUGGAUGCUUCGAUCUGGUCUGUUCUGGGCCGACUACAGGCCUUCUGGAGGGGCUAG